GUCCAUAUCCGGCCUACCCCUAUUGCAACCACAGAAAUUAUCACUAUUCAAAUGGGCCAGUACUAUUCCACAGCGCAUAAUGAGGAGGUCACUCCGGCGGUCGACAGGCGAAUUGAUUAUUAUGAACUCCUGCAGGUUGCUCGAGACGCAUCUGGAGAGGAAAUCAAGAAAGCAUACCGGAAGAAAGCUCUUGAGUUACAUCCCGACAAGAAUUUUGGCAAUAUUGAGAACGCGACAAAACUAUUUGCUGAGGUCCAAGCUGCUUACGAGGUGCUCUCUGAUCCUCAAGAGCGCGCCUGGUAUGAUUCACAUCGAGAAGCCGUUCUAGGGAAGGAUGGCAAAUUCGAAGAUGUCAGACUCUCAAAUAACACUAGGAUUACGACAGCAGAUGAUAUUUUCAGGUUGUUCUCACAGUUCAGCCCUCGAAUGGAGUUCUCUGAUGCACCUGAAGGAUUUUAUGGUGGUCUUCGCGAGAUCUUUUCACGUCUUGCUCUGGAGGAAGAACUGGGUCUGUGCGGCGAAAAUAUCAAUGCAGUAAAGUACCCAACAUUCGGUCACCACGAUGAUGGCUUCGAAGAAGUUGUGCGUCCAUUUUAUGCAGUAUGGAGCGGAUUCUCAACAACGAAGACGUUCGCAUGGAAGGAUAAAUAUCGAUAUUCAGAAGCUCCAGAUCGUCGCGUCAGGCGGCUGAUGGAGAAAGAGAAUAAACGUCUGCGCGAUGAAGGUAUGCGGGAGUUCAACGAUGCAGUUAGGUCUCUUGUUGCAUUCGUCAAAAAGCGAGAUCCACGGUACAUUUCAAGUGUUCAGAGCGAAUCUCAGCGACAAGAAACUCUUCGUCGGUCCGCUGCUGCGCAAGCAGCUAAGUCACGGGCGGUCAAUCAAGCCAAGUUCCGCGAUUAUGUUGCUCCAGACUGGGCAAGGUCAGAAGAGCAUUUUGGCAGUGUUUCGGAUGAUGAUCACAGUAUCUCAGAUACUUCGGUAGAGAUUUUUGACUGCAUCGUAUGUGACAAAAGCUUCAAAAGUGCCAGGCAAUUCGAGGCACAUGAACGAAGCAAAAAACAUAUCAAAGCCGUCAGGCAGCUACAGAAAGAAAUGAGGGCCGAGAAUAAGGAACUGGGAUUGGUGGACAGUUUCACUUCCAACGACAGUAAGCAAGAAACAACCGCAUCACCAUGCAAUGGUUCAGGCUGUGUGCCAUGCGCGGACCCCAGGUCACGAUUGACUUCGACGAGUUGCGAGUCACUGAAUCGCAGUACAUAUCCGGAGACAGACAGUGGAGAUGCCAAUCUUAACCGUGACGAGGAAGAAACUAUUGGGGCCAGCGCAGCUUUCUCUUCGAUUGAGGAAAUUGAGGAGCCUAUUACCAUCUCAGACAGCGAUGUUGACUAUGCGCCUCGAAAUUCCGUGGAAACCCAAUUUCACCUGACGACACAGGAUGGUACACAGGAUACAUCAGACAUAUUGCAUGAUAUAACGCAGUCUCUGGCAGCAACCCAUAUAAACAGCCAGACAUUGACACCUCCAACAAAAUUGGGUAAAGCGAAGCAGAAACGUCUGAGAAAGGCCCAACAAGCCAGGGAUCAGUCCCAGGACAUUAUUUGUAUCACCUGUGAAAUUCUAGGCAUGCUCAGCCGCAAUUGA